GUGGGCGCUCGGCGCGUCCUGCAGUCGGGCCGCGCGCGGAGCCCUCUCGCGGGAGGGCGUAGGCGUCGGUGCCGCCCGACCAUGCUGGUCAGCGAGAGGUUGAAGCGCCUUUUGAACUUGGUGCCCGGGCAGCGGCGCUUUGGCUUUUACAGGUUCCUGCCCUUCUUCUUCGUGCUCGGCGGAGCCAUGGAGUGGUUCAUGAUCAACGUCCGCUUCGGCAAAGAGACCUUCUAUGAUGUUUACCGUAGGAAACAGUCUGAGAGACAGUACGAGGCAAGGAUGGAGAAAGGGGAAUUUUAGCUGAAACUCUUCAAGGGGGAGCUCCUGAGUGCUUCAGCUGUCCGAGUGCCAAAGCAGCAGCACUGCCACGUUGAUGGUGGGGGAAGAUGUUGGCUCUGCAAGAUGGACUGUGAUCCACGUUUGUGUAACACACUCAGAUGGUUUGGGCAGUUUUGUUUUGCCAUAUCUGUAAUAUUUGUAUUUAAAGGAAAUGAAAAUGUCAUUGUAUUUAGGCCUCUGCCACUAAUUUAAUGUUUGCUUUUAAAUAAACUAAACUGAGUAAACAGUC